AUGAUCGGAGAGCAUAUUCUGUCUCCCUGCCCGGAAUAUCCAACUCCGGUGAAGGCGUGCGCCAUCAGCGCGUGCGGCAAUUUCGCUGUGGUGGGGACCGCCGGCGGUUGGAUCGAGCGGUUCAAUCUUCAGUCGGGGAUCAGUCGAGGCAGUUACACCGAUGCUUCAGAAAGAAAACGUGGGGCCCAUGGUGGUGAAGUGGUGGGCGUGGCUUGUGAUUCGACCAAUACUGUACUGAUAAGUGGCGGCUUUAACGGAGAUGUGAAAGUUUGGGACUUUAAGGGGCGUGGGUUAAAAUCGAGGUGGGAAAUAGGAUGUUCGUUGGUCAAGAUUGUAUACCACCGUUACAACGGUCUUUUAGCUACUGUGGCCGAUGAUUUGGUUAUUCGAUUGUUUGAUGUUGUUGCACUGAAGAUGGUUAGGAAAUUCGAAGGUCACUCGGAUCGGAUAACCGAUGUGUGCUUUAGUGAAGAUGGAAAGUGGCUUUUGUCUUCCAGCAUGGAUGGGACAAUUAGAAUAUGGGAUGUGAUCUUAGCUCGACAAAUAGAUGCUAUACAUGUUGACGUGUCUGUAACUGGACUGUCUCUAUCUCCGAAUAUGGAUGUUUUAGCUACAACUCAUGUCGAUCAAAAUGGGGUUUAUUUAUGGGUUAAUCAGACAAUGUUUUCUGCCCCUACUAAUAAAGUUGGUUCCUAUGGGAGUGGCAAAGCAAUCGUGAGUGUCGAUUUGCCAUCUGUCUCUUCUACGGAGAAGAAAUCUCUGGAUAAUGAUUUUGACAAAGCUGUAAUAAUCCCUCAAGUGGAAGAUUCUUCGGACUUGUCGGUUUUAAGUAAACAGAUACCUGAUCUUGUUACUCUUUCUUUGUUGCCCAAGAGUCAGUGGCAAAGCUUGAUAAAUUUGGAUAUUAUUAAAGAGAGGAACAAACCGAUCGAGCCACCGAAAAAACCCGAAAAGGCUCCCUUUUUCUUGCCUUCAAUUCCGUCUCUCUCUGGAGAGAUUUUGUUUAAGCCUAGAGAAUCUGGUGAAGAAGAGAAGGAUUCACAAGGCGGUGAAACGGAAAAGUCGAAGAGAAAAGCUGAUUUUCCAUUAUCCCAGUUUUUACAAUACCUUCAAUCUGCGGCUGAUGCAGAUAAUUUUGCAGCAUUUACAGAGUAUAUUAAAGAAUUAUCUCCUUCAACAUUGGAUAUGGAACUUAGGAUGCUUCAGAUUAUAGAUGAUGAUGACGAGGAAGAAACCAGCAAAAGACCCGAACUACAUUUCAUUGAACUUCUGCUGGAUUACUUUAUACAUGAAAUAUCGUGCAGAAAUAAUUACGAGUUUAUACAGGCUAUAAUCCGAUUAUUCUUAAAGAUUCACGGUGAAAGUGUAAGGCGCCAGGCCGUUUUACAGGAAAAAGCGCAGAAGCUUCUUGAAAUUCAUUCGGGAGUGUGGCAGAAAAUAGAUAAGUUAUUUCAGAGCACGAGAUGUAUGGUUUCGUUUCUUAGCAACUCGCAGUUUUGAGUAUUUAUAUUACAAGUUUUGCUGUAAUUCGAAAUCGAUUUUGUUUAAAUUUUGUGGUGUAAUAUGAUGGUAUCACAGUUGUUUUUGCUCUUUUAAAUUUCUAUAGCUUCUUUUGUAUUAGUAAGGAUUAUAAUUGUUGGAUUAUUACAUCUGUGUCGGUACGGUUCUUCCAUUUUUAUUUUGCUAUUUUCCGUGUUCUUUAA